UCUACUCUUCAACAAUGCGGAAAAAAUAUUAUCAUUGAUUUUAUUGGCGAUAAAGUCUUAGGACCAAAUCUCUAUUAUGCAACAUCUGAUCUAGGGAAAAUUCUUGGAAAAUUCAACAGUCUUAUUCAAGGUAAAAAGUUAGUAGUUAUGAAUGAGACAGGGAUGGCUAGCGGAGAAUGGCAUAAAUUUAACGAGCAUCUUAAAGCACUCAUAACAGAACCAAAAGUGUCUAUAGAAUGUAAAGGUCUUGAACCUAUUCAUUUAAAAGAUUACUCUGCAUUUAUGGUUACAAGCAAUCAGGAUGCACCAAUUAAAAUAGAUGCAGGAGAUGCUCAUAUAGUUUGUUUUGAUGUAUCUGCACGCUGUAGAGGGAAUAUACCAUAUUUCAAAUGUUUGGCUAAAAUACUAGAACAUCCAGAUGCACCAGGAGUAGUUAUGAGAUAUCUUUUAAAUCGUGAUUUAUCUAAUUGGGAUCCACAAGAUAUUCCUAGUACCAAAAUGAAAACAGAUACAAUGAUGAAGCAACUUUCUAACCCUAUACGCUUUGUAAUACAACAUAUUUCAUCAUGGUCUGAGAAUCAAAUUGAAAAACCAAUUUGCAGAAAUCUAUAUCAAAAUUAUAUCACUUGGUGUGAAAGCAAUGGAGAGGGACAAAUCAGUAACAAUAAAUUUGGAGGUUUUCUCCCACCAAUAGGAAUAGAGAAAAAACAG